CACCAGCAGCUCCAAUGGCUUCACCUUUAGAAGACGAUGUCUUCGAAAGGCUGAAGCAAAAGGUGGACCCGGCGGAGCAGACCAAGCAACAAGAAGAGCUCAAUGCGCGGUUAUUCACCCAGCACAAGAAGGCGCAGGAGAGACUGGUGGAAUUGAUUGACGAAAACACCUCCCUGCCCGUUUCCAUAUCCUCGGUCCGCAUUCUCCAUGCUAAUAGAACGAGACGAACCUUCCUCGAGCGGAUAGUCGACCCUCUUCUGAGUUCCAAUCGCAAUGAACCAUACACGUUAGCAGAGGCGUUGAAUGAGAUUGGCGGAGCUACCAACAAACUUAAUCGCUUUGGCAUCUUCAAGUCCCCCAUAUCGGUCUUCAUCGACAGGCCGGACCCUUCAAACCCCUCUACUACGCCUACUGAUAUCGAUGUCUACCUGUCGGCCUUUGAGCGCGGCACAUACACCAUCAAGACGGGAACAGAGGCGGGGCACUCGGAAGCGGACGCAUACAUCAACGCAGAACUGCGCAAUGUCUUCGGUGGGGCGGAGACGCUCAAUGCCCAUGCCUCGUUAGGAACACGCACGAGAUCUGCCUACUCGCUUGCCUUCGACACUCCGAUACUCAGCAACCCAGACUUCAAGUUCCAAGUCAAUGGCUUCGCGAGCUCGACACUGAAGAGCUGGGCAAGCCAUGAGGAAGCGCUGAAGGGCGGCAACUCUAAGCUCACAUGGCUGUCCGAAACAGGGCACAAGCAUGAGGUCGGGUACUCAGGCAUAUGGCGACAAGUCACCAGUCUCGCGGAGAACGCGUCCCCAACCGUGCGAGCAGAUGCGGGAGACUCUUUUAAGUCAAGCAUAACGCACACUUGGGUGAACGACCGGCGCGACUACCCCAUGCUCCCUAACCGAGGCUAUCUCAUUAAGACCGUCUCUGAGCUUGCCGGCUUCGGUCCCCUUAAGGGCGACGUCGCGUUCUGGAAAUCAGAAGCCGAGUCCCAAGUCGCGCUGCCAUUCGGCGAUACUGGCAUUACCUUGACCGCUGGUCUGAGGGGUGGCUUGCUAUACCCUCUUGCCCUGAGAGGUAGCAGCACGCCCGAGCAAUCCCGAAUCAGCGACCGCUUCCAGCUUGGCGGAUCCACAGACGUGCGAGGUUUCCGACUCUCGGGCCUCGGUCCGCAUGAUGGGCCAGAUGCCGUCGGUGGCGAUGUAUAUGCAGCAGGAGGCGCCAGCAUCCUCUUCCCCCUCCCAAAAGUCGGGAAAGACACACCUCUCCGCCUACAAGCCUUCGUUAAUGGUGGACGCCUUCUAUCGCUCAAAGGCCGCGACAAAGAAGGAAAGAUGGACAGUGGAGCCGUGUCUAGCAAUAUGAAGAGAACACUUUCAUCCCUCAAAGACGGCCUCCCCAGCUGCGCAGCUGGCUUUGGCCUCGUCUACGCCCAUCCAAUCGCGAGAUUCGAGGUCAACUUCUCUCUUCCCCUCGUGAUGCGCGCGGCGGAGGCCGGAAGGAAAGGCCUAUCGUUCGGCGUGGGUGUCGAGUUCUUGUAGCAAUGUGUAGAUAUAGAGAGUGUAACAGUAUCAUAUCAUAUUCUAGCAAUAGCAAGUCUCAUGUUCGCAUC